AUGACAUCAACAAUACCACUCACUACUAUCUUUACCCCUCCAGCAGACUGCUCAUCAAGCUGGACUUUUGAGGGUUACAGGUACAAUGGCGAAACAAGCGGUCUCCUGCUCCAAAAUGCCUUCUCGGCUAGUAUGGACGCUUCAUGCUUUCCACCCGACUUCAAUCAUGCCGGACGCAACACAGCAGGGGACCCAGUAUUUAGCCCAGGGAUGUGCCCACAUGGAUACACAACAAACCCCUCGCCUACGAUUGUGGGGCCUAACACCAAAGCGACUUGUUGCCUAAGCGGCUUCUACUUUCAAACCGUGGAAGGAAUACAAGGCUGUGUCAGUACCUAUACCGGGACGACCUUUGUUGCCGCAAGAGCGGGAGGGUCCCCCAGCCCCGAUUAUACUACUAGCAAAACCGCCUCUGGAACGAUUAGGAUGUGGGGACAACCAAUCACGAUAAUGUACCAAGCCAGCGACCUGAGUAUAUACCCCACAUCAGCGUACACAUCCUCCUCCUCUCCCUCGUCAUCCUCUGCAGCAGCUUCUUCGUCAAAUACGCUUUCUACUGGGGCAAAAGCAGGAAUUGCGGUUGGGUCGGUUGUUGGAGCGUUGUUACUGUUUGGCGUUGGUCUGUUUUGGUGGCGCAGCCGCAAAGAAAUGCGGCGGCCACAGGAGAGCGGUACUCAAGAUACAACAGAUACACCUGAAUGGGAUCAUAGUAUGGCAAUGAGCUCGGUCCCAAUGCCAGCUGAGUUGGAGAACAGAAGUAUGAGGUCUGAGCUUGGAGGGAAGGCUAUAUUAGGAGAUACCACAGUACCAGAGCUGGAGUGA